UUUGUUAGGUCAGUUAAAGACAAGACAUGACACGUAAUAUAAAAUUACACAUAGUAGUACAUGAGUAGUGCAUGGAUAUUUUAGACAAAGCAGAACUAAUAAAAUAGAGUCUUUGGCUACAGAGAUGAGUUGCUUCAGCAGACAUAUGAAUUUAAAGCUGCUGUGAGAACUGCAUGUCUUUAUGUCAUCUGGUUGGACAUUCCACUGAGUUGUGGUUUUCACAGAGCAUGCUGACUGCCCAAAUGCAGCAUGAUGAGGGAACUGUACAGUCUAAAGAUCUUCAGGAUCUCAGGAUAUCAAGAUGAGAGUAAACAAAGUCACAUAAUGGAGGACAGCUCGAGCCAUUUCUAAGUUUAUACACAUGACACAAAUUUGAAAGUAAUCUGAAAGAUUUUGUUUCUCCAGCAUCCUUCAAUGAAGUAUUCUUUUUAACAGUUUCUUUCAUUUCUUUUCAUAAAGACUGUGUAACAAGACUAAUCUUAGGUGCACAUAUACACACCUCAGUCAUGUUUUUUCUCAUAUAAAGAGUAUGUAAGUGUUGAUUUCUUAAUAAAGCUAAUGCAAAUAUGGAACUGCAACAUACAGAAGUUUAACUGAUGCAUGUUGUGGGUAUAUUUUUAACACACCGGAUAUUCACAACAUGACAUAAAUAUAACACAUAACAUAGUUCACAGCUACAUCUGUUUUAGUUUCUACAUUUUCUUGUGAUGUGAAGAUGUGGAGCCUUCAAAACCUGCUGUUCAUCAUCUGCAUUGCUCUGAUCUGUGUGACCAGUACAGCAGCAGUGAUCCAUGUGUCUGGAUAUGAAGGGAGAGAUGUUAAUGUUUCCUGCUCCUAUGGAGAAGGUUAUGAGUCCUAUGAGAAAUACCUGUGCAGGAAUGACUGUGGCAACAGUGAUGUUCUGAUUACGACUACAAAAGCAAAGAAGAACAAAUACUCCAUCUAUGAUGACAAAAAGAGAAGAGUCUUCACAACGACCCUCUCUGAUCUGAGCUCUGUGGAUGCUGGGAAAUACUGGUGUGGGGUGACCAGGACUGGAAAGGAUAUCUACACUGAAGUAAGAGUGGAAGUAGAGCCAGACAGCUGCUGUGAUCGUUCCACCAACAUUCAAAGUUAUGAGGGAGGUUCAGUGUCCAUCAGUUGUUCAUAUGAGUCUGAGGACCAGAACAACCUGAAGUACAUCUGCAGAGGAAAGCAGCCCUCCACAUGUCUGCAGCAGGCACUAAUCACCUCUGACAACAAACGAAAAGGACGGUUCAGACUUACUGAUGACAAGGAGUCAAGGAAAUUCACAGUGAACAUUACCAGUUUGACCCAAGAGGAUUCUGGGUUGUACCUUUGUGGCGUCAGGUUGAAAGGUUUUAUGGAGCUGUGCUCUUUGUAAACUCUUGGUAUAUCUGUGUGAAUUCACAUAUUCACAUGUGUAUUUACAAGUUGUUGGAAAUAAAUUUUCCUUGUGAUUUGU